AUGUCGAAGCCCAAAGACGUGUUUGUUAAUUCGGAAUCCGAAAUAGAUUCCCAGCAGUCGAGUACUCACCAAUUGGUGAGCUCUCCUACGGAUGCUGAGGCUAUAUCUGAGCGCAACACGCGGCCAUCUCGAUUGGUGCUCAUUCUUACACUCGCUUCGUCUAUAAGUGGCUUCAUGUUCGGUUACGAUACCGGAUAUAUUUCGUCUGCAUUGGUGAAUAUUGGCACCGAUUUGAGCAACAAGGUACUCACAUCGGGAGAAAAGGAGUUCAUCACUUCCGCCACGUCGUUGGGGGCGUUGUUGGGUGCAUUUAUUGGCGGUAUUGCUGCCAAUUUGGUGGGGAGAAAAAAGGUCAUUUUGGGCUCCAAUGUGUUCUUUGUGGUGGGUACUAUUAUCCAGCUUGCUGCUCACACUGUGUGGACUAUGAUUGUGGGAAGAUUUAUUCUUGGUUGGGGAGUGGGUAUCGCAUCGUUGAUCGCUCCUUUGAUGCUUAGUGAAUUGGCUCCUUCCAAAUAUAGAGGGAGAUUGAUCGUGACCAACGGUAUGUUCUUGACCGGAGGUCAAUUGGUCGCUUACUUUAUUAAUUGGGGAUUAACCCACGUCAAACAUGGCUGGCGUGUUUCGGUUGGAUUGUGCUUGGUGCCCCCAGUAGUGCAGUCGGUAUUGUUCUUCUUCCUCCCCGACACUCCCAGAUACUACGUGAUCUGUGGUAAAUACGACGAGGCCAAGAAAGUCAUCAUGAAAAUGCACAAUAACCCUUCUCCUGAAUUGGCCAACAUGGUGGUUGAAGAAAUGAUUGCAUCCAAUUCGGUGGUUCCUGGAAAAAAUUCAUUGCAACAAACUUGGAACUCCAUCAAAAUUCUCCACAAAAAUCCCGCCAAUUUGAGAGCAUUAAUCUUAGCAUGUGGGUUGCAAGGUAUUCAACAAUUUACUGGUUUCAAUUCCCUUAUGUACUUCAGUGCUACUAUCUUCGAAACAGUAGGUUUCAAGAACUCCACUGCCGUUUCCAUUAUCAUCGCAGCAACCAACUUUGUGUUCACAGGUGUGGCUUUAUGCAUCAUCGACUUUGUCGGAAGAAGAAGGAUCUUACUUUUUGCCAUUCCUGGUAUGUGUGGAUCCUUAAUUCUUUGUGCUAUUGCAUUUCACUUUAUGGGUGUAGACUUUUCGUCUGGUGCCAAAGUUAUCGUCAAAGCCGCGGGAAUCACUGGGUGGGGAAUCGUGGUGAUUCUUGGCAUGGUUUUGUUCGUCGCUUGUUACGCCAUUGGUAUUGGAACCAGCGCAUGGACUGGAGUUGAAUUAUUCUCUGACGUGAACGUCAGGUCUGUGGGAGCAAUGUAUGCCGCGGGAACCAACUGGAGUGGUUCGUUGGUGAUUGCGUCUACAUUCUUGACCAUGUUGGAGAACAUUACACCUACGGGUACAUUUUCUUUGUUUGCAGCUUUAUGUUUUGUUGCGUUCUUGUUUGUCUACUUUUUGCUUCCUGAGGUUGCAGGAUUAGAAUUAGAGGAAACCACUUCGUACUUGACCCAUGGGUUUAACGUACGUGAAGCAUCGAAAUUGUCCAAAGAGAGAAAGAAGGUAUCGAAGUAUCUUAACAAUGCUGCUCAAAAUGCAGCUUAA